UUUAUCAUAGCGAGUUAUCGUUACUGAGUAGGUGGCGCCACCCGUCCCGGUCCUACAUUCGGAUUACAUUCGAUUUUUAUCGGUGCCGCUGAAAAGCAAAUUUUACUUCCUUGUUCUAAAAUCGAUCAAAACUCGUUAAAAUGCCUUCGACUUGCUGUUCUGUACCUGGCUGUCAUGAACGGGGAGGUCACGAAUACCCAAGUGAUCCAAUUAGGAAAGCUACAUGGGUUCAGGCCGUUCGGCGACUUGAUGAAAAUACACCGAAAUUGUGGACGCCAACAAAGUCUUCAGUCGUUUGCAAGAAACACUUCAAACCAAGUGAUUACGUGAAGGAGACUAUUAUUGGUCUACAACCUAGAUAUGGAAGGCUACUUUUGACAGCAGUACCAAGUAUUUUCCCUUGGACCCAGAUGGAAACCGAGACGGCUAAAAGCAGAGUGGAGCGCAUGAAAAGGAGAGAUUGUAGGAAAUUGGAGUAUGACACUGCCUGUAAAAAAAACUUAGAGAGGACUUUCAGCGAACCAGUUGAUUGUGUGGAAGAAGUGAUAGAGCAGGAGUUAUUUACAGCAACUCCUUACUUUGAAGAACAGAUAUCGCUUACAAACGCUAUGACCCAAACCACUGAGACGCCCAUGUUUUCAGUUGAAAAAUUUGCUUCAAACAAUGAACUUAUUCAUUUUUAUACGGGGUUGGAAUCGUUCAGCAAAUUUAUGUUUGUGUUGAACUCACUUGGACCAGCUGCAUACUAUUUACGUUACAUUUAUUUUCAAGUGUCAGGAAUAUCGAUUCAAAAUCAGCUUUUCAUGACUUUAAUGAAGUUAAGAAGAUAUUCAACAGAUUUUGAACUAUCAACUUUCUUCUCUGUGUCCCAGUCAAGUGUAUCCAAUAUUGUUUAUACUUGGAUUAUAUUCAUGUCGAAACAGUGGAGGGAAGUAAACAUUUGGCCAAGUGGCGAGCUUGUGCGGUAUUUUAUGCCGACUGACUUCAAAAUAAAAUUUCCCAAGACAAGGAUAAUAAUAGAUGGAACUGAAUGCCCAAUAAAAAAGCCAAAAGCACCGAGAGCACAACAGUCGACAUAUUCAACAUACAAGAAUAGAAACACCAUCAAAAUUCUUGUUGGAUCAACACCAGGGGGAUUGGUCAACUAUGUAUCCCAAGCGUAUGGAGGUUCCACCAGUGACAGACAAAUCGUGGAACGGUGUAAAAUUGUAAGUGCCUGUGACCCGGAAGACAGUGUGAUGGCAGAUAAAGGCUUUAAUGUCCAAGAUCUGUUUGCGACAGCAAAUGUGCAGGUGAACAUUCCGACUUUUUUCCGAAAACAAAACAGAAUGUCUGGGAAGAUCGUGUUAAAAGACAGGAAAAUUUCAAGCAAAAGGGUUCAUAUUGAACGUAUUAUUGGACUAGGGAAAACUUACAGAAUAUUAACAUGUCCAUUAUCAGGCACAGAAACAAAGUUAUCAUCUCAUAUAACAUUUAUAUGCUUUAUGUUGUGUAAUUUCAAAACAUGUAUAAUCCCAAAACAUGCUUAAAUCUUAGUCAACAGUGUGACUGACACAUUGUGUACAUGUUGGGUUUUGAGGUGUUUCUCCAUGUGUAUAUAUUAUUACUAUUACAUACAGCAUUACUUGUUAGGCCAGAGGGCUGAAUUCUAUAACAGAAACAAACAAUCAUAUUGGUUUCAAUUCUUUUUAUUAAAAUUAUAGGUCUAGUGCUAUCUUUAUCUCGCCCUGCUUUCAUCAAGGGUGACACAGGACACAUCAUGACAUGAAGCGAUACACAAUAUUUUGUGCGACAAACGAAGCGACACAUGAUAUUUUGCACGAUACACGAAGCGACACGCGAGAAUGUACCACGAAAUAUCGCCCUUGUAUAGGUAGCCCAAAAGGCGAUAUAUCGUGGUAAAUAUCGCGUGUCGCUUCGUUUAUCGCGCAAAAUAUUGUGUGUCGCUUUGUGUUUCAAAGCUGUACAAUUAGUUAAAAUAAGUAUAUUUGCUUGACUAGAACUGUUGCAUGAACAUUUAUUUUGAUAGAAAUGUAAAUAAGAUACAAUGAAUAAAUCAGACUUGGUGCUUUUUUUAA